AUGUCCACGCAAAAGAACCUUAGGCAUACAACAUGGAGAAAGUGGCGUAUGCGGCGUGAUGCACCACGUCUGCCCACCAUCCUCGAUCCUCGCGCCUCGCCUCUUGUGACUUUUGGCGCGGCGACGCUCGUCUGGGCCGGACUCAAUUUCCAAGCGGGUGGCAUUCACCAACGCUCAAACGACCGGCCGCUCAUCACAGAAAGAUCGCACCUACGGAAGACAAUGAGUCCACCAGGUACCACGCUCUCCGACAGUCUGAGAGAAUGGGCCCUCAGCCAGACCGUUUUCUUCGUGGCUUCGGCGCCGUUGCGAGGCCGCCACAUCAACAUCUCGCCCAAGGGGCUGCCCGAGUCGUCCCUCGCCGUCAUCAGCCCCAGCCAGGUCGCCUAUCUGGACUCCAUCGGGACCGGGUGCGAGACCAUCAGCCACGUUCGCGAGAAUGGCCGGGUGACGAUGCUCUUCUGCUCUUUUGACAAGGUCCCCCGCAUCCUGCGCCUCUACUGCACGGGCGUUGUUGUUGAGGUCGACGACCCCGACUAUGGCCUGUGGCUAAAGACGAUGUCUGGCAAAGACUUGAUGGCCGCUCGGGCCAUAAUCGUGCUCAACAUCUUCAAGGUCCAACUACUACAACCCUACACAAAAGCGUUUUGCACGGGAGUCAACUGA